AUUACCAUAGUGGGAGACUACCCUUGUACCAAAACUAUACCAAAAAAGUUGCUGGUGUUGAUUAUUACAAGGAUGGAGGGGAGCCAGGCGGGAGAGACAAUAAGUGAUAUUCACAACUACCUGGACACCUUCAAUAAAGAAAUACAAACUGGUGACCAGGCAACCUCAGGUGAUGUAGCUCAGGUUUUCGUUGAUGAAUCAGGCCAGUACUUCUAUCAGAAUGUUGACGGCAGCCAGCAACAGAUGGUGGUGGUGUCCUCUGAGGGCGCAGAUGGUUCAGAAGGAGAUGUUGGGGGUGGAGGGACAGAUGGCUCAGUUAUGCUUCAUACAGAGGAAGACUCACUGCAUGAGGAUGGCGACAGCUUAUCCCAGAGUCAGGUGGCCCUUGGGGAGGAUGGUACCCUACAGGUAAUCUCUGGGAUGGAUCAGAGUGAAACGAGCAACCAGGUUGUACUUAACACAGGUGACAACAAUCAGAUUGUUACAAUUGUCCCAUCCAGCACAAAUCCUGGAGAAGUCAGUUAUGUUCUCAUUGUUGAGCAGUCUGGAGAAAAUGACAAAGACGACACUGUAUAUGAUUUCAAUGAAGCUGAUGAAGGUCUCAGUUAUGAAUCUGGUGAAGAAGACGAUAAAAAAAUGAUGCGGAUAAUACACAAAAAGUCCCAAACUGUUACUCAGGCCCAUAUGUGCAACUAUUGUAAUUAUACCAGCCCAAAGAGGAUGUUGCAUCAGGGAACAAGCCGGUAUAUGCGUGUGAGCUAUGUCCAACGACGUGUGGGCGCAAGACAGAUCUCCGGAUCCAUGUUCAAAAGCUGCACACCUCAGACAAACCGCUCAAGUGCAAGAAAUGUGGGAAAGCUUUUCCAGACAGAUAUACUUUCAAGCAACACAACAAAUCCCACGAGGGAGAGAAAUGCUUCAAGUGUGACCUGUGUCCGUAUGCCUCGACCUCAGCAAAGCACCUGGAAUCUCACAUGCUGGUUCACACUGAGCAGAAACCUUAUCAGUGUGAUCAGUGUGACCAGGCUUUCCGACAAAAGCAGCUGUUAAAGCGGCAUCAGAACCUCUACCACAACCCAGCGUACAUCCCCCCCAUGCCUAGAGAAAAAACUCAAGAAUGCCCUGAGUGUGGGAAGGCAUUUAGACACAAAGGUAACUUGAUCCGGCACAUGGCAAUUCAUGAUCCAGAUGCCUCCGCACAAGAGAAAGCUCAAGCCCUCAAAAUAGGAAGACAAAAAAGAUUGCAGCUUAUUAAUGGACAGCAGGUGGAGGUUUACACAGGAGAAGUAGACGAGGAUGAAAUUAUGGCUGUGGAAGGACAGGAUGGAAACCAGUAUGUGGUUCUAGAAGUCAUUCAGCUACAGGAUGGAGAAGGGCAUGUCAUGAUGUCAGAUGGAAUCCCAGUGGCGGAUAGUUCCCUCGAUGGAGCUGGAGUUGCUAGUGUUUUAGGCUCUUCACCUUUAAUGGUUCCCGAGACAAUAACUGGGGACACUAUGGGCCCUAUUGACGGGACCUGUUUAGUUUCAGAUCCUUCUCUUCUUGAACUCCAGCAGAAGAAAUCUGAACUGAAAACUGAAAUCAGUGCAGAAGCUAAAAAGGAAGCACAGAAGGAGAUGGAGACUUGCUUUGGCUUUGAUGAUGAAGAUGAAGGACAAAUUCAUUUGGAAUUUGAUGAAUGAAGUGAACUACAAAUCAUUAGAAAUCAAUAAUAUUUUGAUUUUUUGUAUAGGAAAGAUAAUUUUUUUUCUUCUGAAAUGUGAGUUUCUAAGUUAAGAACAUUUGUGCUGUGAUUAUUUUUUUUGUAAAUAUACUUAAGUGUUAUCUGUUGACAUGACACAAGCAGAACACUUGUCUGCUUCAGCUCUAGACAUGAUUACUGCCUUUAGCAUGAAAAUUAAGUAGAUAUCCUGGAGCUGCAUAUCUAGUGAUCUUCCCAGGGUAGUUCAUCUCUCCAACUACCUAAAGCUGGGUCCGGAUUCACCAGAAAUACCAGCACCUUUACAACAGACCAUUUUGUGUUGUUUACAAACAUUGUUUACCGAGCCACUUACCAGACUUGAUCUCAAAUCAUUGUUUUCAUUCCGUUGCCAAUGUCUCACACAGAGUAAGCAGACUCAUAUCUCAAGUGUCAGGUUUGACAAAAGAAAAAGACUGUGAAUGCAUGAUAAUUUUUCUAGUCUCAUUAAUAUACAUAUAUCUAAUUUCCUUAUAUUUUUUUUCUUAAAAAUGAAUUGGUGUUUUCCAUUUUUUUAUAGCCAUUUCUCUGUGAGAUGUAAAGGUAUACUUGUAAGCUAUAUAACUUGUAAGUUAUAUAAUUUAUGAAGUAUUAUAUAAUAAAUAUCUAAACAAGUGUCUUUUCUGUAUUGGCUGCUAUGAAUGUCUUUAAAAUCAUACGUAAUGAAUUAAGAAAAAGGAUCAUAGUGCAUAUAUAAGAAGGAUUCAAGAAACAAAAGCAUGGAACAGAAGAACCUCUGUCUUUGCUCAAAGUUUAAACCAAAGAGAACAUCAGGCUCAAGUACAUGAUCCCUAGUGUGCAAUAAUUAUAUAUCACAGGGCAUUCUCCUUCCAGUAAAGAUGAAAAAUAGAUGUCUGCUGAAAAAAAGAUAAAUAGAUAAAAAAAGUAAAAACAUACUGAAAUUCACAAUUGUAAGAGUAGUACUAUUUACUGAGACAUUCAGAGUACAUCAGAAGGGAAUAUUAAUUUUAGCAUGAUCCUAAGACUGGAUGCAACACCUGUCUUUAUUGAUAAUUUCUUUAUACUUGGAUGUAAAUGUUCUGUUUUCUUAUCUAUCAUUUGGUGUGAGGUAGUAUGGUUAACAGCUACUUUAAUCUUCAUGUCAGGAAAAAGCAAUUUUGAAAAGCACUGAAUGAACUUGACAAGUGAGCCUGUAGAAAUGCGGAAGUGCAUUGAGGAUGGUAAACUUUACCAUGAUGCUGCCUAGAAAAGGGUAAUGCAUUGGUAAGUGCUUGGUAGACAUGAUAACAAGAUCUAAAUAACUGUAAAUAAAUAUGCAAGUAUCAGGUAGACUGCUGGAAAGUAUUGAUGAAUCUGGUUCCUGGAUGAUACGUCUCGAUGUAGUCGUAUUCUUACCAUUCCCUUGUAGCGUGCAUCAUAUAGAAAACCAAAAAUUAUGCUUCAGCGACUUAAUGGGUUUGCCUCUGUGAGGCGUUUCUACUGUGUUAAAAAGGAAUUGUAGGCUCUGUGUGCCAUGUGUGGUUUGCCAGAGUCCCAGUGACAGUUUCGCUUAGGCUCAGGGCCUGCACAUCUUACCACCGUUGUUGUUUCAUUUGUAAAUAAUUAAGAUAUUUAAUUAAA